AACAACAAGCACCAGUGCCACCACCAAACGCGUAGUCCAACAAAACCCGUGGAACCCUCUGAAUCGUCCGUCCAUGGCCGUGAAGUGCACAUGAACAAACAACAACAAACCCAAAAGGAAGUUGUUGGCGACAUGGAAAUUACCCGCAAGAUUACCGCCACCGAAACCACUGAGGUUGAGCACAAGGGCACCAUUCAAGAACGUGUGGUCAAGGGCCCCGUUAAGCCAGCCAAGCCACCAGUAUUCACCAAGAAGAUCCAGCCAUGCCGUGUCUUCGAAAAUGAACAGGCCAAAUUCGAAGUUGAAUUCGAUGGUGAACCCAUGCCCAAGAUCAAAUGGUUCCGCGAGAACUUCCCCAUCCAAAGCUCACCCGACUUGCAAAUCCACACCUUCAGUGGCAAGUCCAUCUUGAUUAUACGCCAAGUGUUCGUUGAAGAUUCCGCAGUCUUCUCCUGCAUUGCCGAAAACCAUGGAGGUACCGCCAAGUGCAGUGCCAAUUUGGUCGUUGAAGAACGCCGUCGUGCCGGCAAGGGUGGCAUGGCUCCCCCUAGCUUUGUAAACACCAUUCAAAGCACCACUGUGACCACCGGCCAGUUGGCUCGUUUCGAUGCCAAGGUAACCGGCACCCGUCCCAUGGAUGUCUACUGGAUCAAGAAUGGCAUGAAACUCCAACCCAGCAUAAAAUUCAAGAUGUUGGAAGAGGACAACAUCCACACCCUGUUGAUCAUUGAACCAACUGCCGAAGAUACUGGCCGUUAUGAAUGUGUUGCUGUGAAUGCUGCUGGUGAGGCUCGCUGUGAUGCCGAUUGUGUUGUUCAAUCCUCGGCCAAACCCGAAAAGCCAACCACCCCCGGCGUGGAAAAGGCUCCACACAUUGUCGAACAAUUGAAGAGUCAAUCUGUGGAAGAGGGUAGCAAGGUAAUCUUCCGUUGUCGCAUUGAGGGUAAACCCACACCCACGGCUCGUUGGAUGCGUGGUGAUAACUACGUUAAACCGUCACGUUACUUCCAAAUGUCACGUCAAGGUGAAUACUAUCAGCUUGUCAUUUCGGAAGCCUUCCCUGAAGAUGAGGGCAUCUACAAGUGCAUUGCCGAAAAUAAAUUGGGUAGCAUUCAGACCAGUGCUCAAUUGAAGGUGCGACCAAUUGAGAAUUUGGAUGCUCCACCCACAAUUACCGCUUUGAAGGAUGUUAGCGUAACGGAGGGUAUGCCAGCCCAAUUUAAGACGACAGUAACGGGCAAAGUGAAACCGACAAGUGUUCAGUGGUUCCGUGAAGGUGCUUUAAUUCCGGAAACACCUGAUUUUCAAAUGAUUUUCGAUGGCAAUACCGCCGUACUAUUGAUCGGCACAACCUAUGAAGAAGAUUCUGGUAUAUUUACUGUACGUGCAACAUCAUCAACUGGACAAGCGGAAUCAUCGGCCAAAUUAACUGUAAAAAAACGUCGCAUCUCGGCCUUUCAGUUAGCUAGAAUUGAUUCCGCCGACGAUGAUGCCUCCUCCUCGGGACGCGAGGACAGUUCACCCGAAUCACCCUACUCAGCAUCACAACAACCACCACAAUUCGGUCCAUAUCUCAACGUUAAUGGUCACGGUCCAGUUCAACAUCAGGGACGUUCACGUACCAAAUCGAAGAAACCACGCAGUAAAUCCCUUCAACCACAAUCCAAUAUCGUACCAUGGCGUAAAGCUUCUCGUCCCAGUCGUGGUCGUUCGCUUGACAAAUCACCCUUCUUGCCCGGCUGCAAACCAGCACCUGUCAAAUCCUGGACUGAAGAAACUAUCAAUUUGAAACCGGCACCCAUCGAAAAGAAGGUCAUUCCCAAGAUGGAGGCUGCAAAGGUUGCUCUGAAAUCCAUUAAGAGUCAACGUGAUCAGGGUCUGAUGAGCCUCGGCGCCACUCUGGAGAAAAUUAUCGAAGGUAAGACUGAAAAAGAAGCCAUUCCAUGGAUUACAAUGCGCGAUAAGUUGCGUCAAGUCGAAACGGUACAAAAAGAAUUGGAGAAAUUCGAUUUAGAUGAAGUUUAUCUUCGUGAUCUGGAAAUGCCCAUCACAAAUGAUCUCGAACAGCCACAACAGGCCGUCACACAGGAACAGGUUCAGCGUGAUCGUGAAAUUCUACGUCUGAAGAGCAUGGAAAGCUUUGAGAUCAACGAAGUAACCGAACAAAUAGAAAAACUGUUGGAAAAACAAAAACCCAAAAAGGGCGAAGACAUUCCAUGGCAGGAGAUGCGUAAGUAUCUCAAGAAGGUACAGCGGGAACACAAACAAAUUGAAAAGUUCAAAAUCGAAGAGGUCGAACUGCAUCAUCUAACGGCAGAGGAACUUCUGACCCAUACUGCUCAAAAUGCCACCCAAGAACAAAGUUCUACUUGGCUGGAAGAGACCUCUAAGGCAGCCAUGCAGAGGUAUUUGCAUACCGAAGAUGUCCAGAAGUUCGUUGAGGUGGAGGAUGUACAGAGACAACAGUACAUCACCACUGAGGACAUUAAUAUUUUGAGCGUGGAGGAACGCGAAAAAUUGGAGAGACAACGUUUGUUGCGCGAGGAACAGGCCUUGAACUGGCGCAAUGCCCAAACCAGGCCAAAGGUAGAGUCCAUGACUUCGGUCGAGGAAACCAUCAAGAACCAGGUGGAUGAGCGUACCCGUAUGCAGAUCCAACAUCAAGUCUCCGAAGAUCUGACACAACAACAACAGUUCGUCAGCGUUGAGGAUUCGAAAUUGAUGAGGAUCGAAGAACACGAACACUUGCGCCAAACUCGUCUCACCAAGGAGGAGCAAAGCUUGCACUGGCGUCAACCCAGACAGCCCCAACAAUUCGUUCAAGUUGAGGACACCCAAAUUCUCAAUUUGCAAGAACGCCAAGACACCGAAGAGCAUAAACUGAUUCAACCGGAGCCGGUAAUGUGGGAACGUGGAAAGAAGAAGCCACAACAACUACAACAACCUCAACAACUUCAACAACCUGAGCCUGUUGAAAGAACCUAUGAAGAGGUCCACGAUGAAUUGGUUGAAGAAAAACCACAACCAAAACCGGAAGAACUGACCCCGGUUAUGUGGGAACGCGGAAAGAAGAAAACCCUUGUGCAACAACAACAAAUUGUGGAAAUGCAACAAACACAACAGCAAAUAAGCGAAGAGACAACACAGGUUGUCGAAGAAACAAAACAGGUAACCAAGAAGCGUGUAAUUCCCGCACCACAGCAAGUGGAGAAAAUGGAACAGGUUAUGUUGAAGCCAACACCAAGGCCAAAACCCAAGCCCGUUCAAAAAGAAGAACUGCAGCUUAAGCCAUUGAAACGCACCCAAGCAAAACCACAACAAGUUGAGACCGAACAACCUUCCCAAGCCUAUGAAGAGGCAUUUGACGAACUACCCGAAGAGGAGAAACCUCAGCCAAUUGUCGAACAACCUCAACCUGUUAUGUGGGAAAGAGGUAAGAAGAAGCAGCCCACAAAGGUAGAGGAACAACUCAUCGAAGAACAGCCUCAAAAGAGCUAUGAAGAAGCUGUGGAUGAACUUCCUGAGGAACCUCAGACCGCACAACCCGAACAGCUGCAACCGGUUAUGUGGGAACGUGGAAAGAAAAAAGCCCAAAAGGUUGUGCCACAACAACCUGUGGAGGAAGUACCCACUCAGGCCUAUGAGGAAACUGUUGAUGGUCUGAUCGAAGAAGAGAAACCACAAGUCGCCGAGGAAGUUCUCCAGCCAGUAAUGUGGGAACGUGGUCAAAAGAAAAAGCAACAAGAAAUUACGCAGAUUACCCAGGAGGUUGCUGAAGAGAAGGUAUUGGAAGAGACCACUGUUGAAGAAGUUAAGAAGAAGGUCGUUUCCAAGGUCGCUGUUCAAGAACAGAAGGUAGAAAAAUUGGAACAGAUACAACUCAAGCCAACUCCCAGACCCAAGCCCAAGGAGCAGCCCAAGAAGGAAGAAAUUCAACUUAAACCUGUUAGGCGAACACAACCAACUAAAUCUGAAGAAGUUGAAGAAGUACAGCCCACAAAGGCCUAUGAGGAGGCUAUCGAAGAAUUGCCAGAAGAACCACAACCAUUGCCUGAAGAAGCUCCACAACCCGUCAUGUGGGAACGUGGCAAAAAGGCCAAGAAACAAGAAGUGACACAAAUAGUCGAAGAAAAGGUAAUCGAGGAAGCUGUGGUAGAGGAAGUAAAGAAAAAGAAGAAGACCAAGGUGGUCAAACCUGUGAAGACCGAAGAAGAAGUUGAA